UUAACGUUACACACACACACACACACAGAGAGAGAGAGAGAGAGAGAGAGAGAGAGAGAGAGAGAGUGAGAGAGAGAGAGAAUGUCCUUGAAAUAAUGUUGAUUUCGUAUAACCCGUGUGUCACCUAUACCCCCUUUUGUAUGACGUCAGAAAACUCUCUUAAAUCAAAUAUCAUUAUGAUAUAGAUUGUAGGAAGGUUGGGGUAUGACAAGGCGAAGAAACCUAUCAUAGUUACCAUAUACAUAAAUAUACGUCAGACCUGUGGGAGAACGCGACUUCCGUUCCUCUUGUGUCGUGAAGCAUUUCUGUAAUUAAUUAAUAAUACUUCACCUGGUGAGGAUAUAUCUGUGAAUUACUGCAUCAAGGACAUCUGACAUUUGAAAAAGAUAAAAAUUAAAAUAUGACAAGUAGCAAAAACUGAAUAUCGACUUUGCAUUUCAACAUACUGCAAGGUUUUAGGUUUUUAAACCUAAAAUCAAACAGGGAUUCCACAGAGAAAUCACAAUAGCAGGUAGAGUAUAGUGCAGAAAAAAACCCUUUCUUUAUGCAAUUAUAUUUGAUUUUGUUUGUAUAUUGUUUUACGUCGUAUUCGAAAAUUUUUCAAUCAAGUAUGGACAGGUCACAAGCUUUAAAUCAAAUGCACCAAAAAAAAAAAUAAAUAAAUAAAAAAUAAAAAAUGACCAAUGCAUGAAACUUACGGCCUUAGUAGUGAGGGUUCUUUAUCGUGCCAACGGCAACCGUGACGCGGGACCUCCGUUUUUAAGGACCGUCUAGGCGAAGGAAUGACCACUAACAAUGUUAGGGGUCUUAGGUGUGAUGCGGUUCCGGAAUUGAACCUGGCACCCUAACGAAUAAACCUAACCACGACCUGUUCCCAUCAACUUACAAUUUAAAUUAUAAUUACAAAUAUCAUAAUAUGAUAGUGAAGUGAAGUGACUUGAAAUAGGAGAUUCUUACAGCGUUUUUACCACUGACAAUAGACAUCGAUACAUGCACAUCGAAUAAUUGCUUUUCGCAGAAUUUGUUUCUUUUGAAGAAUGAGGUGAAAAGAAAUAACAACAUGAAAGUACACGAAAUUAAGGUUUGUACGCCCCCUUUGUUUAACUAUUAAAUAAUCAAAUAACCGGUAACUGACCAUUUCUGUCACGCUAUCAUUUACACAUUUUAAUUCUGAAAUGUAAAAAAAAAAAACCAUGACGAUAGGUGUCAAUACGGAAAACAGAAAAACACAAAUUGCAACAUUUCUAGAUUUGUUUACAGUCGUCAACAAUUGGCUAAACUGUGAUUGAUGGUUCUAUAAAAAGUGUUCAAAGAUCCUCGAUUUUGAAGUUUGCGUGUAUCUCCCUUUUUUUUCCCCUUCAGGUAUAUAAACAAAAAGUAGCACGUGAGAUAAUCAUUUACCUGUUGCAUCGCCACGGAGUGGACUUUCACAUUUAAAGGAUUGUGGUUUCAGUCAUACAGAAUGAUUUAACUAUCACUAGAAACACAACUUGUAUUAAUUGAGAUAGGACAACAGAAUUCAGAAUCAUUUAUUGAUUUGAUGAGAAAGAAUAAUAUGGAGGAACCGGAAAACACACCCAAAUGUGACUACGACGUGGUGGUUAUGGAUAGCCACGAACCUCGAGAUAUUUUCUGCCAAAUGGACAUAUUGAGACAGUACAACGACGACUUUGUCUGGAAGGAGCUUCAUCGAUGGGUGAAGUUUGAGGAGGUUCUGGAGGAGAAGGGAAAACGAUGGUCUAAGCCCCACGUCUCGUCUCUGUAUAUGCAGUCACUGACAGAGUUACAUACCCUGAUGGCCUCCAAUACCUGUAUCCUAGACAUGGAGGCGCUAUCCAUGUACGAUAUUGUAGACAAAGUACUGGAGGAGUGGAAGAAUGAGGGGUCAGUCAGCAGCCUCCUUUGGAACCAUCUGAGAGCCCUUCUACUAAAGAAACACAAACAUCAACACGUCAGGAGCAAAUAUCUAAAACGUCAUACAAGCAAAGUGAGGCUAGCCGAUUCUAAAACUAAACUAAACCCCGUCAAUGAACUGUCGGAGAGUGUGUCAGCGCCUAAUUUAAAUGGUUACGUCAACGAGGGAUACGAAUCUGAAGACACAUCCAGUGAACUCCUUUCUUUUGGAUUCGAGCGGAAUGACAAAUUCAAACGAAAGAUCCCUGAAGGCGCAGAAGUACUGAAUAUCAUGGUUGGAGAAGUGGAGGAACUCAAAAACAGGAGACUGUGUGCGUUCGUAAGACUCAAUGAGGCAAAGGAUGUCGGCAAAAUCACAGAGGUUUCUUUGCCCACCCGCUUUAUGUUCAUCCUUUUAGUGCCUCUUGACGAUGUUGGUGUAGGAGUGGAAAUAGGACGUUGUCUUGGAACUCUCAUGACAGACGAGAUUUUCCGGGAAGCGGCAUACAAAUCAACAAACAAGGUGGAAAUAUUAUCGGCUGUUUUGGACUUUACUAGUCACGUGACCGUGUUGCCACCGGGGUGCUGGGACAUAAAUAACCGAAUCGAACCCCCCGAAGUUUUACCGUCAAAAGAUUCUAGGGCAAAUGCAAAGGUGACUGAGAAAGUCAACAAACCCGUGGAGGAGGACUCUCAUCAUGACCCGUCACUGGAACGAACAGGAAGAUUGUUCGGCGGAUUGAUACAAGACGUCAAGCGGAAAUGGAAGUGGUACAGCAGCGAUUUCACUGACGCAAUCCAUAUACAGUGUUUCGCUUCUUUCGUGUACCUAUUUUUAGCCACACUGACACCCAAUGUGACGUUUGGAGGUCUUUUGGGAGUAGCAACAGAGCAGUAUAUGGGUACAAUGGAGUGCAUCCUCGCGGCAGCAGUGACAGGGGUUAUUUUUGCAUUAUUCUCUGGACAACCAAUGAACAUCCUCGGUAGCACAGGACCUAUGCUAGUUUUGGAAACAAUAUUGUUUAAUUUCUGCAAAGAAUACCAAUGGGACUUCAUGUCCCUACGGAUUUGGGUCGGACUCUGGACGGCCUUGUUGCUGGUCAUUAUCGUGGCCUUUGAUCUUAGUUCCCUUGUUCGAUACAUUACCCGAUUCACGGAAGAGUCCUUCGCAUGCUUAAUUGCUUUCAUUUUUAUUUUUGAAGCAUUUAAGAAACUGAUUGAAAUUGAGCAUGUUGCUCCUGUUGAAUUACAUUCAAAAAGUAAGCAACUACAAGACUGUUUUUGCAUUUUCCUAAAUGAUACGCAAUUUGAACAUGACGACAUAACCUCCCGUCACGUGAGAUCCUUGCAGACGACACCGAGCAGUGAAUUUCAAACCACAGCGAGUACAGUCCCCUUCACAAAGACGUGGGGACUAAACAACUGUACGGAGAACGGAGGGUUUCUUGGAGGGAGAGACUGCCACCCCGGGGAUUUCGUACCCGAUGUCUUCUUCUUUAGCGUUCUCCUGUUUUUAGGGACAUUUACCGUUGCUUUUGGAGUGAAGAUAUUUAGAAAUUCUGGAUUUUUCCCAAAUUUUGUCAGAAACACGGUUGGAGAUUUUGGUGUACUAAUCGCAAUUAUAGUCAUGGUAUUGGUGGAUAUUUUGCUUGGGAUCCCCACUCCGAAACUCACUGUUCCCUCAGAGUUUAAGCCGACCAGACCAGACCGAGGCUGGAUCAUCAAUCCUAUCAGUGACAAGAAUCCGUGGUGGCUUAUUCCGGCGUCCGUCAUUCCAGCUAUUCUCGCGUCGAUUCUCAUUUUCUUGGAUCAGCAGAUCACAUCCGUCAUUGUCAAUAGGAAAGAAAACAAGCUAAAGAAAGGAGGGGGUUACCACUUAGACUUACUGGUUGUGGCUGUCCUGAUUACACUCCUCUCCUUCCUGGGGUUGCCAUGGUUUGUGGCCGCGACAGUUACUGCCAUUGCUCACGUGAUGAGUUUACGAAAGGAGUCUGAGUGUACCGCACCUGGUGAGAAACCAACUUUUCUCGGCGUCAGAGAACAACGAGUAACUGCCCUUCUGGUGGGUUUGUUUAGCGGCCUGGCUGUUCUUAUUACAUCAGUGUUACAGCACAUCCCGAUGCCAGUUCUAUAUGGUGUCUUCUUCUAUAUGGGGGCAUCAGCUCUUAGUGGAAUGCAGAUGAUCCAGCGAAUUUUAACCAUAUUCAUGCCACAGAAAUACCAGCCAGAUUAUAAGUUCCUUCGCCAUGUUCCUUUGACUAAGGUCCAUCUUUACACUGGGAUUCAGGUUGUUUGCCUGGCCUCCCUGUGGGCAGUUAAAAGCGUCAAAUCCAUAAGCAUUGCCUUUCCUAUCAUGGUCCUGGCGAUAUGUUUUCAAAGAAAGGCACUGGACUUCAUCUUCACGCAGCACGAGUUAAAGUGGUUAGAUGAACUACUGCCGGGAUCCAGUAUAAACAAAGAAGGAGAGCGGACGCCGAAAGUGUCCAACACAGGCAAGAAAAAGCAAAAGACUAUCCGUUCCUUUUCAGUGCCUGCCUAUAACUAUACCAUACAACUUCAGCCAACUGACUUAAAGGCAGGACUUUCAAUCUCUAGUGAAUCUCUACGCAGACGUUCGUGUUACGAAGACAUUCAAAACUUCUCUACUAAGCGAAAAAUUUCCAUUUCUUCUCUACCUGUUGAUUUACAUUCUAGAUGCGAUUCGCAGGAUUCUAUCAGCAAAAAUAAAAGAAACGUAUUUGGUUCUAGUGAAGUGUGAGAACUUCUGUGGCUCACAUUUUUUAGGAUGUGAAUUCAAUGAAACAUUCGGAACUUCAAAUUUUUACGUUUUGAUAGAUGAAUUAAAACAUGACUGACUUGAUAUGUAUAGCUGAACGACUUAAUGAAAUGAGGCAUUCAAAUGUUCUUGCUCAAAUGAUAAUUUUGUGAUUUAAACAUGCUUUGAAUGUUGAUACUAACAAAUAUUUGGGUGAUAAUUUGAUCAAUGUUUGAUAUUUUGAAUGCUGUUAUGGAUACUGUAGUUAUGCCUGUGGCAAUACAUGUGUUGUACAUAACUUUUGUAGAUUAUUGCAUAUACAUGAGUAUCUGUAAAAUACUCAUUGCAUUGGUUUAAUAAAACUGUAUUUUAAAAA